AUGAAUAGGCUUUCAGUAUUUCAGAAACAGAGAACGCACGAUCGCGAUAUAUUUGACAUUCUUUACUAUAAAAUGGCCAAGAAAUAUUUGCAACUUUUAGGACAAGAUCCACAACAAACAAAUGAAUUUAGACAUAUUAUUGUAAUUAUAGUGGUGAUUAGUAUUACUGGCAAUAUGGUUCCAACGUCAAUAGAACUGUAUACGUCACUUUGUAACAACGAUAUGGAUGGAUUUAUCGAGUGUUUGCCACACUUUAUAGCAGCAACGAUCAGUGUCGUAAAAAUUAUAAAUAUCCAUUACAACAGAGAAAAUUUUAGCAAAUUAUUUGUAUUUGUGACAAAAGAGUGGGAGCAAUUAAAGUCAAGCAAUGAAUUACACAUUCUAGAAGAAAUCAUUACACAGGGUAGCAAAAUGGCGCAAUUAUAUCGAAGUAAGUUAUCGUAUUUUAAUUUAAUUAGACUACUUUUAUAUUCUUUAUUGACUGCCCUGGUAUUGUUCUUAUUUGUACCAUUAUUUUCUCCUAUUCUGGAUAUCAUUCAUCCACUAAAUCAAACUCGACCUCGACAACAAUUACUUAAAGUUAAUUACUUGUUUUUUAACGACGAAGACUACUUUUUUUACGUGUAUUUUCAGUUAGCAUGGGGAUCAAUUAUCGUCGUAAAUACUAUAAUUGCCGCAGAUUGGUUGUUCAUUCUUAUAAUUCAUCAUAGCAGUGGCUUGUUUGCAGUGUGUGGCCAACAAGUUCAAAAAGCUGCGAAAAGUUCCAAUGAAGCUAUUUCAUUGAGAUACACGUAUGAACAGUUCAAAAAUUGCGUGAUGAUGCACGAUGAAGCCAUUCAGUUUUACAAUAUCUUAAAUCAAAGCAGUCGAUAUAGUUAUUUGGCUCAAGUUGGAUUAAAUAUGCUGGCUAUAAGCGCAACGGCUGUACAAGCAGUCGUAAAUUUAAAUAGGCCGGAUGAAGCCUUUAGAAGCGCAGUAUUUUGCGGUGCCAAUCAAUUCCAUCUAUUUGUACUCAGCCUUCCUGGACAGGUGCUUCUGGAUCACUGUAUUCAACUGGCAAAUAAUUUAUAUUUUUCUACUUGGUAUAAAACACCGGUGAAAAUUCAAAAAAUGAUUUUCUUGAUGCAAAUAAGGAGUAAAAGACCAUGCACAUUAACAGCAGGCGGAUUAUACGAAAUGAAUAUGGAAAACUUCGGAGUAACUUUCAAAACGUGUAUGUCGUAUUUCACUGUGAUAAUGUCCCUGAAGUAA